AUGUUUUCCGACCUGAAGGGCAAGCUGGUCCUCAUCACCAGCUGCACCGGAGGCGUCGGGCAGGCGAUUGCACGCGCCUUUGCCCGCUCCGGCUGCUCAGUAGCAGCGCACUAUCAGGCGGCAUCCUCGCGCGCCAAGGCAGACACGCUCAUCUCCGACCUCAAGGCCAUUGCCAGCUCCGACGUACGGUUCGCCGCCUUCCAGGCAGACCUAUCGAACUACGACGAGGUGCGCCGCCUCUAUGCGGAGGUCGUGCUGCAGAUAGGGCACCCGGACAUCCUCUUCGCGAACCACGGCAUCGCGGGGCCUGAGAUUGGCCCGCAGGGCGACAUCAAGGACAUGCCCAUGGAGGUGUUCGAAGAGACGUGGCGGACGAACACCGGCACGAGCUACGUGCUCGCGCAGCUCCGCGUGCCGCUCACGGAAGCGCAGAAACAUGGUCGCGUCAUUUUCACGUCGAGUGUCGCUGCCAGCACACGGUGGCGCGACGCCGCACCGCGAGCACGACCGCGGCGGCUAUCGCCGCACUUCGCCAUAGCCGCUGCAGGACACGCUGCAGUCGCCCUCUUCCCCACUCAUACUCGCGCCGACGCCCGCGCACAUGAAGAGCAGCAGUCGGAAGCCGGGGCAGGACUCGCGUGGUGGGUCACGCGCGCAUAUCAGCGUGCAGCCUCUGGUGCCCACAAGCCGGCGGGCAAGCCAGCAGCGGGUGCGGGAGUGCGAGAGGGAGCGGGAGCGGGAACGCGAGAGGGAACGGAUGCGGGGCUCAGCCCACAUCCAUAUGCAACGGCGCCGAGCCCGGGCAGGUACCGCGCGGCGGCGUACGGGCGUUCAUCACCGGUGCCGCCAAACAGUGGUGCGCCGCUGGUGAACGGGAACGGCACGGGGGCACGGAACACAAAUACGUCCGAGUCCUUUGUGUAUGCGCAGACACCGCAGGGCAAGGGCACGGACUCGCGUGAGGACACAAUGGCGGGGGCAAACCGCGUGGAGCCGAACAGCUUCGGCGUGGGGGCGCGCGGGAUGAGCGCUGAGCAUCUGGCAUAUACGAUAAUCGAGUGGUUUGGCCACAACCAUUGUCUACCUGCCCUCUGGCCUCCAACACUGCAAUUUUACUCGGGCCAUCCACCGACAUCCAUAUAUAAGGCGCGGCCUCUCUCUGCCCUGCUUCUGAUACUACACUCUACACAGCACCCAGAGACGAACAGCCUGACCUACCACACCCUGGGACCCCGCGAACAGCAGGACGUACAACAGCCUCAGACCCCGCCUUUAACUCACGCUCCACCUCCGACUGCUCCACCGCAGGUAACGCCUCGCGUCGCCAAAGUCUCGAGUCGACAACGGUUCGCAUACGUGCCGGAGAAAGACGUGGACCUGCGCAUUGAUUUGGCGGACGAAAUGACAAACCAUAUCGUCGAGAUCGGCCUUGAAGACUUCAUGGCAGAGUUUGUUCCCGGUCCUGAUCCGUCGGACGAAGAAAGAGUCAAAUUCGAGAAUUUUGAAUGCGUAAAGCUUGACGGGCUCGAAACUGAUAUGUAUCCUGGUUUGUGCAAGGUCUUUCAAUCUGUUCUAGAUGCCAUUCCUCAGAAUGGCCUCACUGCCAAAGAUACUGGCGAAUAUCCAGACGUGACUGGUACCGAAGUAGCAAGAGACAAGAAUAUCACCAAAUUCGAUAUUGGAAUUUAUCCUACAACCGCAGCUGCGAAGGAAGCUUACGCUGUUCCGCCGAAUCAGUUGAAGCGGGGCAAAUCUGCUCAACGCCGGAAGUACUACAUGGCGAGAGUCUCCUGGGCUUGGACUUGCGUCCCUAUAGAGGUCAAGAAUAAUCAUCAGAAAUCAGCUUUUGAGUUCAAUGAUCCUUCAGCACAUUUUCUUCGUGCUCAUUCGCACGAUGGCUUACAGACCCUGGGACAGAUCACCGAGUACGCGGCCCAGAUACUCCUUCGCCAGCACCGCCUCUUCUGCCUCAUGGUUUUCAUCUGCAAAUCUAGUGCCCGUCUAAUCCGCUGGGACCGCGCUGGAGGAGUUGUCUCCAAAAGCUUCGACUACAUUCAGGAACCGGAGACUCUGCAUACGUUCAUGUACAGGAUCGGAAAGAUGAACGACUCUCAACGGGGCUACGAUCCUACUGCCGUCCUUGCCACACCCGCAGAAGUGGCGGAGAUGAAGAGUUGCGAGAGCCGGCUGAACGAAUAUCACAGAGAGUGUUUGCGAGAGGCUAUGUUGGAUGGUUGGCCUAUUUACAAGAUCGAGUUCAAGGCGGACGAUGUACUCAGCAAGACUGGUAACACUGUCUCACCUCCGUCGAUGUCAAAGAGGCACUACCUGGUUGGGCGUGCACGGUUCUCAAGCAGUUCUCUCACAGGCCGCGCCACAAGAGGUUAUGUGGCAUAUGACUUGGCCACGCAACGAUUAGCGUUUCUCAAAGAUACUUGGCGCGCUGACUCGGACAAAGUCAAACCUGAACGAGAGGUGUAUGAACGAUUAUACCAAAAGGGAGUCCGGGAGAGGAUCGCGACCCUCAUUUGCGGUGGCGACGUUGGCGAUUCGACUCAGAAGACUCGUACGCAGGAAUAUAAUGCCCGGAUCAUGGGUCGGAUUCACUACCGCAUCGUUGUGAAAGAGGUCGGCCGUCCACUGGAGGACUAUACUGAUGUUCGGGAGAUGAUCUUGGUUGUUCGGGACGCAAUCAUAGCCCACAGCAAUGCAUGGGUAUUAGCUGCGAUACUCCAUUGUGAUAUCAGCGCCAGUAAUAUCCUAAUUUCUCAGGACCCCGAUGCCGAAGGGUAUCUAACAGGCACUUUGUCUCCUGCCGGAUUCUUGAACGAUUGGGAUAUGUGCAAAUACAAGGAACAUCUUGGCAAGGGUGCCUCGCAGAAUACUCGCUCGGGUACUUGGCAAUUCAUGUCUGCUCUGUUGCUCCGUCAUCCGACGGUCAAGGAGCAUGAAGUCUCCGACGACAUGGAAUCAUUCGUUCACCUGGUGCACUGGUUAGCACUCAAAUACCACCCACAUGAUCUUUCAGGUUCGCCUCUCCAGAGCCACGUCGAAGCAACCUACGAUUCAUGUGAUCGCACUCUUGCUGGCUACUACGUCGGUGGUACUUACAAGUUCUUGAGCAUCAAGGCCGGACUGGCACCAUUCAAUGUUUCAGGCAACCCCGCAUUGAGUACCCUUCUUCACUCUCUGAUGCAGCUUUGUCGCAGGCAUUAUGCUGCCAUUGACAUUGAUGCAUUGGGACCAGUUCAUGAAGCAGCCACUAGCGCUCCCUCCGCGGCGGUCACAUAUACAGCCGAACUCCCACCUGGCUUUGACAUUGUGACACCCGCAGCAUCGCUUCCCCAACCUUCUGAUGGGGAGCUCGUCUUGGCCGACCACAAUGCAGUCUAUGUUGCUUUCACUACAGUCGUGAGAGACAACGGGCGCAUCUGGGUUAGGGACAAGGUUGAAAACAAAUUCAAACCGUUUACCAAGGGAAAAUCCCUACAAAAAUCUUACCAAACGGGCACAAGUCUAGGCAACAAACGAAAGGCAGAUGACGUUGCCGAAGGUUCAGCCAAGCGACAGAAGACGCAAGGAUCGAAGUCGGGUGCUCCCUCAUCUCACUCAAGAGCUACUGGAAGUUCGGGUUUAAAUGCUUCUCAGCUGGGCUCGAUCGAUGAAGGUCAGGACUCGGAGGACUAG